CUCCCUUCUCUCCCCAACCCUUUUGACGAGACGAUGAGCCCAACGAGCUUUUGGCCCCUUUGGAUGUUCAUUCCUCUGCUCCUCUGGCAGCAAGGAGGCGAGCCCCCUGUCGUCGUUGCCAUCAUGAACGCCCCCGAGAAGACAGAAAGGCAAGGCAGUGCACUCUCGCCCCCCUUACCGUCCCCUGCCACGAGAGGCUCAGCCCCGCGACAAGGCGUGAUGACACAAAUACUCGAGAACACCACUGUGUCGUCAACAGCCGCCGCCAACGUCAGUAUGGUUGCCCAUGAGGCCAAGGGCAUGACGUCGGCCAACGCCAGCGACGACAGCAGGCCCGAAGUCACAGUGUGGAUGCAGUGGAAAACACCCAAGAGUGAGACAGACAGUGGAUGAAGCAUGGCAAUUGAUUGCACUCAUUGCAUGUGUGUGUGUUCCCGUGUGUGCAGGCCAUCGGGUGUCUUCUGCUCAUGGCGAAGGGCACAGGGCUCCUUACCACUGCAACACGACGGUGCAGGAGUGUUCGGUGGACAAAGACUGCUGUUCUCGUGUGUGUGUUGACAGCGGUGGCCCAGACAUGAGGGGCUUCUGCAACUAACUGACCAAUGCCGAGCUAUGUACAAGAGUAUCAGAUCCCUUUGCUUUGGUAGAGUCUAUCCACACUCUCUAACACGCAGCAUGCACGCGAAGCCCCCUCCCUCGGUCAGCAAGCCGUCAGCUACUGUCCGUGUCUCUCUGGUUGCCUGGCUGUGUCUCCUCUGGCCCUUCUCGCCCGUCACGCUGCUUUCUGGCGAAUUGCGAUGAGAGGAAACGCUCCAUCCAGAAGGGGGACAGGAUUGGCGACGCCCUAUCCCCCUCCUGCUGGCACGCCCAGCAGGUGACGCUGAGUAUUUCGACUACAUUGUGGUACGAUGCGAAGCCGCUCACGCACAGCAGUUGGUUUGAUGUAAUGACAAGGACCAUGGUGUUGUUGUGUCCCAACA